AUGCCCGCAAGGAGUUGCGCCGCGACUUCGGAAGUAGAGUUGGCGUUCAAAUCGGGUGAUGGAAGUAUUACUGAUGAGCUGUCCUACUUCAAUGCCAGUGAUUAUGAGACCGUUGUAAAAAUUGAAACUGGAGUUUAUAUACAGUCGGCCACAGAUGUCCGUGACUACAUCAGCAUGCACGCGCAAAAUGGUGUUUCCGGCAAGGAGAUGAGCCAAUACCAAACUCAGAUAUGGAUGCGCCUGCUAGCACUUUGGAAACAUGCCCCGUGGCGGAGAGGAAAAUACUGGUACCACUUGAGGUGUGAACUCCUGCUGAGCACCUUGACAUCAUCGGGAACGGCAAAGACCCUCAACGACCCCCAACAACAAGGUGGUACAUCUGAAAUUGUUCCGCCAGGUGUCGAAUUAGGGAUGAAAGCCCAUGCUGAGCGUUUCCCAAUUGAAACCUAG